ACGUUACGUAGAUAGAAGAGAGGAAGUGUUAAUUCUGUUGUCAGUGUAAGUAGUGGAGCUAUCUGCAAGAUAAAAUGAAUGAACAAGGGCUUCAUGGCAAAGUAAUAGAAAAGAAUGAACAGACAUGCUAUGGCUAUAUUACACCAAAAGAAUCACUUCCACUUAAUUUUAUGAACAAAAAUGUGCACUUUCACUAUAGUUGUGUUAAAGAUGAUUGUAGCAUAGAAGUGGAAGAUGAUGUUUUGUUUACAUUGGAACCGACAUCUUCAUUAAAUCCAACCGCCUUGAUUGUGUGGAAGGAAGAGAGUGAAAAAUGUAGGGACAAAAUGCAAGGUGCUCAGUCAAGUAGGGUUCUUCCUUUCUACCCCAAAUUCAGUCAUCAUACUAUUAAGCAGAGAGAUGACAAGAAAGAAGAAACCAUAACUGAAAACCCUAAAACAACACAGAAUGUUAGGCAUAUCAAAAGAAAUGUGAAAGAGUUCAAGCUUUGUGGUCAAGUUGUUAAAGUGGUUCAUGACAAAUUUUUUGGUUUUAUCAAACCAGAGGAAAUGCUUCAGCCUGAGUUUACAAAAAAGGAUGUGUAUUUUCAUUUUAGUGUUAUACAACCUUCUGGUAAUAUAGAAGAGGGAAAUCAUGUGUUUUUCACAUUGAAUCCUAAAUAUUUAACAAAACCAACAGCUUUAACAGUAUGGAAAGAUGAACAAACCCAAAGAGGCAGGAAAACAAGUAGAGGACAAAGGCCUCCAUCACGUAGUCUCUCUUCUUCCUGCUCAGAAGACAGUUUACAAGGCAAUGAAAAAUCUGGAACUUAUAACGAAGGAAAUGUUGCUCGUGACUAUAAGCAGUUUCAGUUCCAAAUGGAGGGAAGGGUAGAAUUUUUAAAGUCUGAAAAUAUUGGUUUUUUAAAGGUGCUUGGAGACUCUGAAAAAAAAAUUAAUAGUAACGUUUUUUUUGUUCCAGCUACAGUACUUUCUACUUUUAUUCCACUUGAAGUUGGUGAUAUAGCAGAAUUUAGUCUCAGUGACAAAAAUAUAGAAAAACCACAUGCUUUUCGAGUCAGAUUGAUUCGUUGUAAAAUGAGAUCUGUAGAGGUUAUUAAGCAGCACUUGAAGCGUAUAUACACACUUUUAUCAUCAGGCACAGAGGAAGAACAAAAUGCUAAAUCAACUGAUAUUGUUCAGAUUCUGUGUGCUUUACCUGUCUGGAAAUGUAUAGGUGAUUGUAAAAAUAUGUCGUUUGAUACGAUUGAAAUGCUAGUUAGAACACUUUGUAUUUUAAAAUCUAACUCUCCUGGUUUCAGUGGAUUAUUUAAAAGUGUUUUACAAACAUUAGGAGAAACUGAGUUUUUUAACCCAUGGAAAGGUAACCUAAAAUGGUUCAUAAACAACUUGUCAUUAGAAACUAAAUGGGAGAUGUUGCCAGACCUUCAACAGUUUCUUGUGAUGUUCAUACAAAAUGUGCCUGAGAAAAGUCGAGCAGUUGUCAAUUCUUUAAAGCCAGUUGUUCAAAAGAGUGAACACCCUGUCCAGAAAUUACUGUAUGCAUUACUGAAAGAAAUGAUAAAAUCCUCAAAUGGAAAUGUUGAUGAUAUGGAAUGGAAUGAACUUCCUCUUGUACCAGCAAUGUCUGAACUUUCUUCUGGUCCUCUAGAGACUUAUAUUAACCUACGCAGAGUAAAUUCACAAGGGCCAUACUCAUCUGCUGAAGAUUAUAUGGACAUCUACUUCCGUUUGCUGAGAGCAGACUGUUUUGAUGCUUUGAAAAAGGGAAUAAAGAAUUUUCUUUCUGGGAAUCUAGAUGUAAGAGACAUGAAGGUAUAUUAUGAUGUGUAUCUUGUGGGAGUGCAGGUUACAAGUCAUGGUCAAGGCCUAGCUGUUGCACUAAAACUGAAACCAUUACAACCUGUUGAAGAUUGGAACAUUUGCUCUAAUUUAAUGUUUGGAAAUUUGUUAUGUAUUUCACCGUCAGGCUCAUUUAAAGACUGUAUUUGGGCUACUGUUACAAACAGAGAACUUCUUAAAACACAUGAAAUUGUAAUUGCAGAGCUAUGCUCAGAUUGCAACUCAGUCUCUGACUCGGAAGCUAUCUUAAUACUACACAAUUGCAGUAAUUACACAAUAAUGGCAGAAUCUCCCACAUACUACAAAGCUUAUCAACCAGUUCUGAAAGCCUUACAAAAGAUGAACCCAGAGACAUUGCCAUUUUACAGAGAACUUGUUGAGACUAAGAUAUCAAGCCUUCCAACUUACAUCAAACCUAAUAUGUAUACAUUACAAAACAUCAACAUAUCUAUUGAAAACACUUUUCUAGAUAAAAGCCAAGAGGAGGCAAUUCUACAAACAAUGAAUAACAGAGUAGCAAUUAUACAAGGGCCACCUGGUACAGGGAAGAGCUUUGUAGGCAUAAAACUUGUGCAGUUAAUACUUUCUUGUGCAACCAAACCAAAUGGGCCAAUACUUGUUCUAACAUAUAAAAACCACAUUCUGGAUGAGUUUUUAAAAGAUUUAAUAAAAAAUGGCAUUAAUAAUAUUGUUAGGAUUGGUGGAAGAUCAGAUGAAGAAGAACUACAUAAUGUGAACUUUAAUAAAAUACAGAGGUCAUCAAGAAUGACCUCUGUUUUGUUUAAAGAGGUAAGACGACUUCAGUCAGAGAUUAAAGCCAUGAAGUCUAGAAUUGAAGAAUCUUUUAAGAUCUUAGAAGAAACAAGAUACUUCAGUGUAGAGGUGUUCUUGAAGCACAUCAAUGUACAACAAGCAACACGAUUUUUAUCAAAUGUCUUCAGAAAUUGUAUGAAUCAAACGAAUUCUAAGCAAAACCAGAAUUUUCUUAAAGAUAUUCAUAAGAUUGUGAACUUUAAAGAUGAACAAUGGAAGAGUGCAUUAGCUAAAACUCCUGAAGUAGUGUCAGCAGUGAAUUACUGGUGUCCUGCUGAUUCUGUCUUUAAUGCAGUCAAAACACAAUGGUGUAAAUACUUGAGUUUUCAAGAAUACAAAGGCAAUACUGUCAUGCAGUUCAGCAGUGAUAAAGUAUUUGAUGAGAAAGAUGUUGAAGAUGAGAUGAAGGAAAGAAUUGCAUCAACUUUUCAAAAGAAACCCAUCUUGAAGAAAGAAGAAUUGCUGAAAACAUUGAUUUUAAAUAAAGAAAGAGGUGAAAAAAUUAAAAGAUCAUGUUUGUUUCCUGUAACUAAAUCUAUUUCCACCCAUAUUUCAUUUGCCAAUAUUCUUUUUGUAGAAGACUUAUGCAGCCUCACACCUGAAGAAAGAGUCAAAUUCAUCCAAGCUAUUUUGUUGAAAGAAUAUGAAGAUGCCAGUACUGACUUUCAAAAACUUCUUCAAGAAUAUCAACAAUUAUGCAAAGUAAAAACAGAAAUUGAAUCUCAACACAAAACCGAUGUUUUGAAAUUUAAAUCUGUUAUUGGGAUGACAAUAACUGGAGCAAGUAUACAUAAUGAUUUGUUAGUAAAUGUUAAGCCACCAAUCAUUUUGGUGGAAGAAGCUGCAGAAGUUUUGGAACCACAGUUGGUCGCUGUUCUGGGUGAAUGGGUGCAACAUUUGAUUCUAAUUGGAGACCAUAAACAACUCAAGCCAUCUGUUGAAAGCUACACUCUUGCUAAAGAUUUUGGUCUAAAUCUGUCUAUGAUGGAAAGACUUAUUAAUAACAAUUUGCUGUAUGUUACUCUAAAAGUGCAAAACAGAAUGAGACCAGAAUUUGCUGAUUUACUUCUAGAUAUCUAUCCACAACUACAAAGCAACCUUGCUUGUGUUUGCAACAAUGAAGCUCCAAACUGCAUAGAAAAGUCUAUGUUUUUCUGGGACCAUGAUAAUCCUGAAAACAGAGCAAGAAGCUAUUCUAAUGAUGAAGAAGCAGACCGAUGUGUACGCCUAGCAUUAUUUCUUAUUCAGCAAGGAUAUAAGCCCAAUCAGAUAACAGUGCUUGCUGCAUAUCAAGGUCAAGUUGUAUUAAUUAGGAAGAAAUUUCAGAUGGCACAACUCCUUGAUGAAAAACAAAAUACUGAAAGUAAAUUAGGAAACGAACACAGCAGUGUUGGUGUUUACACAAUUGAUCUCUAUCAAGGAGAUGAAAAUCAAAUAGUUAUUGUUUCACUUGUGAGGUCAAAUGAACAAAAUAAUAUAGGCUUUUUGAAAGAUAAUAAUCGUAGAUGUGUAGCUCAAUCUCGAGCAAAAUGUGGCUUGUAUUUUAUUGGCAACAGUGUAACUCUUUCCACUUAUUCCCACUGGAAAACAUUAAUAGAAAAAAUGAGAGAAUCUGGAUGUGUUGACACGGUUUUGCCCCUUUACUGUCCCGAUCAUAAAUUUUCCAGUAUAAAGGCAAAAUGUGCAGCCGACAUAAAUUUAGGAUCUUUUUGUGUAUCCCUUUGUUUACAACUAAUGCCAUGUAAAAAUCAUCGCUGCUUUCAGUUGUGUCAACCCAAACAUCAGCAUGAUAAAUGUGAAAAAGAAGUUUCUGUAGGAUUAACCUGUGGUCACACAGUAAAGAAAAAGUGCCACAUUCCAAUUACAGAAGUUAUUUGUCAACAGGAAGUUUCCUUUGUAUUUGAGCUCUGUAAUCAUCGAGGUACAAAACCGUGCUUUGAAAAAAUAGAAAAUGUUAGAUGUGAAAAACCUUGCCCAAGAUUAUUACCUUGUAAGCAUUCUUGCAGUCUAGAAUGUAGCCAAGAGUGCAACCCAAAUGACUGUGAAGAUUGUGAUCGUAUUAAGCUAGAAGAGGAUGAAAGGCUGCGUAAAAUGGAACAAAGAAUUCGAGACAAGGCAAAACAAGAUGCAAAAAUCCAGCUUACAAAGCUAAGACAAGAAACAUUAGAAGAUUACAGGAUUGAGUUAAAACCAAAAGGAGAUAGUGCAUCUGAAUACUUUGAUGUUCAUGAUCGUGUCAAGUUAUACAUUCACCCAGAGCACAACUGGUUUCCUGUGGUGAAAAAAAUUGAAAAAUGUUUUUCCUUAAAAUUGCAAAAAGAUUGGCUAGAAACAAAACUGAAAAUGCAAGACCCCACUCGAAAUGAGCUAAAGUUUCAUGGAACCAGUGCUGAAUGUGUAGAAUCUAUCAUAAAGGAAGGAUUCCAAAUUCCUAAACCACAAAAUCAGAUGUAUGGACCGGGUAUAUACUUUGCCAGUAACUCCUCAAAAAGUGCCCAAACAAUAUACACAAAAGGUUCAAACACACUUUUAUUAUGUGAUGUUCUAUUAGGAAAGUCUUGGACUGUAAACACUGCUCAGAAAGAUAUGACCUUACAGAAACUGAAGAAAAAAGGUUACGAUUCACUUUAUGCACAACGUGGAACAAGAAAAACUGGUGGUGUUUUGAAUGAUGAGUAUGUCAUUUACAAUCCUAACCAAGCUUUGCCUAAGUAUAUAAUUUUAUAUGAAACAGUUGAUCCUAAAUUUUCUACACUAACAGGUUGUUUGGAAAGAGCAGCCAAGACUGAUAUUGAACAUCACAAUAUAAAACCUAAACGCAACAUAGAUUUUAAUGAUCCUUUAGACAUCCACUUUCGAAUAGCCGAGUCACAAUUUCUACGAUUGCUUAUAAACUACACGGAUAUAAACAAAUACAAAAUAUUGUCAGUUGAUUAUUAUAUUACUCGGUCAUUGGUUCAAGCUUUUAAUCAAGAAAAAAAAAAUAUGCAGAAAAAAUAUGGAUGUGCAGAAGAAAUACUUGCUUUUCAUGGAACACCAAGUAAUAAUGUAAAAGAAAUUGUGAAGAACAACUUUAAACUUGAGAAACUUGGAGCCAAUACUGGAAAUAUGGGUGCAUAUGGAGCUGGAAUUUAUUUCUCCGAGUUUCCUACAGUAAGCUUAUUCUAUGGCAAAGGUCUUUUGCUAUGUAAAGUUCUUCUUGGGAAAUCCUACAAAUGUGAUAACACAAUGGCUGGUGCUCCUUUGCAGCUGGGAUACGACUCUCACAUUAAUCAAACUGAUGAAGAUGGCAGAGGAAAAGUAAUAGUUGUAUUUAAUCCUAAUCAGAUAUUACCAUGCUAUGUAAUCAACUUUGAAAUAUAAUAGUCCUUCAUCUAUGCCUUUAAAAUGUGGACUCUGUUUUUAGUUUUGAUUAUUGAGAUUUUUUGUUACAGAAUAAAUGGGAAAAGUGUUUAGCUUCCAAACCUCUUGCCCGUUUCAAAGCCAGCAACUACCCUGGAACAGAUUACUUGUUAUUUAAAUGAUUGACCAAACACAGGGUAAUGUUUUUUUCUAUAUGCAUACCAGAGAUGAGUUAUACCUAGUUUUAACUUUCUCUUUUCUCACUGCCGACAUACAAGUGGACUGUACAGAAAACAUGGUGGACAAAGUACAGGUAGCUCGUGGUAUAACUUAGUUAGUGCUCACUAACAAACCAAACCAAAUCUGAUGAAUACUGUUUAAAGUUAUAUAAGUGAAAAAAUGGGUAUUUCACGAUUUGUUAAUGAAGUGUAUACAGGAUCAAUUGUAAGUAAUGAUUAUAGAGCAAGUUAAUUACUUAAAUUUUCCUGUUUUUACUAAAAUCCAUGAAUAAAAAGGAAUAAGAGAAUUGACUAUAAUAUAUGUAUUAUUUGAUUAUAAUAAAAUAGUGAUAGGAAGAUCACGUUUUUCCUACGUAA